AUGUUGGGAAGUUUAGAUUGUAUGCAUUGGAAAUGGAAAAAUUGCCCAACUGCUCGGGGAGGAAAAUAUGCCGGUCGUAGUGGGUCCCCAACUAUUAUUCUUAAAGCUGUAGUUGACUAUGAUCUUUGGAUAUGGCAUGCAUAUUUUGGUUUACCGGGAUCUAAUAAUGACAUUAAUGUACUGGAGACAUCUCAUCUUUUUGCUAAUCUUGCAGAAGGUAUUGCUCCACCUGCUAAUUAUGUUAUUAAAGGAAAAGAGUAUAAUAUGAGUUAUUAUUUAGCUGAUGGUAUACAUCCAAAAUGGUCUACUCUUGUUCAAAGUAUUCAUGAUCCACGUGGUCCAAAAAAGAAAUUAUUUGCAAUGAAACAAGAAGCAUGUAGAAAAGAUGUGGAACGUGCAUUUGGAGUACUGCAGUCUAGAUUUGCAAUUAUUGCUGGACCGGCACAUGAACGUGAUAUUAAUGCAUCAAUUGAAGAGCGAGUCGAAGUGCCAAGUCCAGAAGUUCAGAUGGUAGAAGAUGAUAAUGCUCGGUUUCAAGAAUUUCUUACUAGACAUAGAAAAAUCAAGGAUAAGGAUGCUCACAUUGAGCUUCGAAAUGCAUUAAUUGAGCACUUGUGGGACCAAUAUGGUAACUCACAAAAUUAA